CUUUUUUAUUGUUGAUAUUGAUCUAAAUUCCGGCAAUCUGGGAGACAAAUUGCUGUUGUGUUGCGAAAGCUGGUGGCAGAACAACUACGACCGAGCCAACGGGAGCUUGUUCCCACCCAUAGGCCAGCUAGCGCGCCAAGCAGUCUCCGAAACGUCUCAGGUUACACAACGAGACAUCCCCUCGAAUUUCCACCCAACACCAUCCAAUGUCAUUUGAACCUCGUGUUCUCACAUGAUUCAUCCCAAAUGGCGUCAAUAGCAUCAGAGUUGCGCAGCGGGGCAACGCAACGACCCACGGACAUGAGUCGGAAGAUUCGGGUUAUUGGUAGUGGGUUUGGACGCACGGGUACCAUGUCACUCUCAGCGGCUCUAGAAAAGUUACUUGAUGGAAAAGUCUACCACACUGGAACGAUGAUCUUUCAGGAAGAAGCAACGAUGAGAAAAUGGGGUCGACUCAUGAACCCAGAUUCCCCUCCAGAAGUCUCCAAGACUCUCCUGGGAGAGGUAUUAGCUGGCUAUGUUGGCAUCACGGAUACGUGCGGUGCAGCCAUGACUCCGGAGCUAGUCGAGAUGUACCCAGACGCAAUCGUGAUCUGCACUACUCGGGAGGAAGAAGCAUGGUGGAAGAGCUGGUCUGAUAUGUCGGGCAACGCACCACCGGCUUGGGUCAUGAAGAUUAUGUUCCUGCCCGUUCCUUGCUUUCGGUACUUCCCUGGAUCGAUUCAUCAGAUGUGGAGGAGGUUGAGCAAACUCUACGGCUUCGACAAAGUUCAACAACCGCAAGACAAAGGUUACAUUACCAUCCAUAACGAGUGGUUAAAAACAGUCGUUCCACCAGAGAGGCUGCAUUUCUUCAGCGUGAAAGAAGGCUGGGGACCACUCUGCAAGAUCCUUGAUCUACCAGUCCCCGAAGAGCCAUUCCCGAGAGCAAAUGAGCAGGCUGCGAUGACGGAGUUGAGUGAGCAGAUUAUGGUUCAUGUGUACAAGGGCUGGGGAUCGAUCAUUGGCGCUACGGUGGUUGGUAUUGCGAGUAUAUGGCUGUAUUUGAGGAAUUUUUAGGUGUUCGCUCAUACAAAAACAUGGAGUUGAGCGUUAGAUUGGAAAGAUUUCUGGAAGCUACUUUCAAUUUGGAAGAAAUUGUCGAAUUGAGUUCUCGAGAAUAAUAGCAAGUAGUAUGUAGGAGUUUUGCAGUUCAAUUUAAUGUAAGCUUCGUAGUAG